AGGGGGGACCAACUCCAUUAAUGCCAGUGAUAUUGGAAAGAGAUGUUAGACGAACAGGUGUCCACAUACUUUUGGUCAUGUAGUGUGUAUAUAGUAGACUGAUAGGGCUCAGGUUAAAAGUAGUGAUCAUGUAGUUUGAGUGUUUUUGGUUGAGUCAAUAAGACCAUGCCCAUUGCAAGCGUAUCUUUCCAAAAAAUAAAAGGUUAUUUCAGAAUAGUGCUGCUAGUUGGCUGUAGUAUACACCUCUGUCCUACAUCCCAAAUCCCACCCUAUUCCCUAUAUAGUGCACUACUUUUUACCAGAGCCCUAUGGAUGCACCUCAGUCCUCCUGGUGCCUUCCUCCAAUCCCUUUUCAGCGUUUUUAUCAUCAGGGCUAAUUUCUGCCUGUAAUCUGAUUAUGGGCUCUGAGAAGGUUUAGCACCCUGCCUGCAGAGUCUCUCUCUCUCUCCUGUCUUUAUCGCUCUCUCUCUCAUCUCUCCCUCCAUCUCCCUCUCCCUCUCUUUCUCUCUCUGUCUACAUUGAGCUCCCUGGUUGCGCUCACUCACAUACACAUAGUGUCUGUCUGUCUCAGACUGCUGCGUGGUCUGCGCUGGAGAUCCACUCCCACUCUGUGCUGUUGCCUGGCUGUAUCUGAGUGUCUGUCUGUCUGCAUCACUGCUGCUGUGACUGUCUUUGAGCUUCGUUAGCUGCUGUUAGCUGCUGUCACCCGGGAGAGGGGGCCUGUCAUCCGUGUGUGUUCCGUCUGUCUUCAGCCUCCCUACAAGUAUGUUCCGGAACCCAUGGAUCACUAAUUAUCUCAGCCAUGUCAAAUACGGUUUCGAUGGGCAAGGCUUUGGAACUGAAGCUCCAGUCAAACUCUGCACUUCAACCUCACUGCCAACCGAAGCUCUAAGCUUUCAGAACGACUUUUCAUUCAGGGACAAGACUGCGCUGGUAAGGAGUGCUACUGAUAUCGAUGCCAAUCUUCUGGCAGUCCUUCCCAAAGUUUCAGAAUUAAAGAAACAUUUUGAAAGUGUUGUCUCUAUUGAUUUGGAAAUGAACAGCAGGAAGGAGAGGAUAGCCAGGCGUCUGGAGGGUAUAGAGAGUGACGUUCCUCCUGCCCUGACGCCCAGCUGUGUCAGCCUGGUGGUCAACCGUAUCCUGGAGGAGGACCUGCCACGAUACACCCGGGCUUCAGACCGCUGUGAGCCAAUCAUGGUGAGACGUUACAGCAGAGAAGACAUGGAGAUCCCACAGAUGCAGGCGUCUUCCCCAGACAGACAGUCCAGGACCAGGGGCAGACCGGGGGACCAGCCUGGACCAGCCGCCCACCCCCACACAGAGCCUGUCCUAUCCAUCUCUGGCGGCCCAGUGGACCCAGCCAGCCUCAGCUCCAAGGCUGAACGGAUCGCCCGCUACAAAGCCGAGCGCCGUCGCCAACUCUCUGAGCGUUACGGCAUCGACCUGGAUCAGGAGAUCAACAUGGACUACUCCCCCCGUUACUCGCGCUCACGUAGAGAGUAUGACGUCUCCGACAGAGGGGCCCCAGCAGUCACCGAGCGUAGGAGAGAUAGAGAGGAGGUGGAGGAGGGAAGAGGAGGGAGGGAGAGUUCUUGCAGGGCUCCCUACAGCUCCAGACUGGGCCAGGUCUACAUGCAGACUCACCCUGCUGAGGCUGGCCAAGCUCCUGCACCAGGCCACGGCUCUGCCCAUACCCAGGCCCCUCCACCCACCCGGGAGAGGGCCAGCACCUUCUCAGAGCGGGAGAGGAUGAUGAAUCUGGAGAACUAUCGGCUGGCCCAGGAGAGGACAAUGGCAGGCGGGCCCAGAGGAGCCAGCAGUAGGCCACAGGAUACCCUCCAUACCCAACCCCAACAGACCCUUCCCCAGACCAGCCCUCUGGAGCAGCAUCUCAGCCCCCCUUCAUCCAGGGCCUCAUCCAGGGAGUCUUGCAGUGUGGAUGCCGUCCCCAGCUCCCCCCUGACAGCACGCCGAGCCCCCCUGCCCUACGGCAUCUCCCCCGGGGACCUGUUCAUCGAACAGCAGGCUCAGGCCGUCCUCAGCAGACAUGGCCUGGCAGCCUUGUCUCAGAGUGACUGGUCUCUCCAGACAGACUCAGAAGGUGAUGCUGCCUCUGAGUCUCUUAUCAGCUGGCCAUCCAGAACCAGAGUAAGAGAGAGAAUGUUAAAAGAUGACAGUGGUGUCAAAAUGGUCCCAGCAGAGCGGGUUCUGGCUCCAGAGCCCCGAGUGAACAGACAGCGUGAUCGGGCUCACACCAUCGCAGCUCACCACCUGUCCCAGCGUGGUCACAGCUCUGACCCUGUCACCUAUCAAAAUACUGCCCCCUCUCAGCCCUCCCAGCCUGCCUACAUCCACGUCCCAGACCACCACGCCUCAGUACCACACACCCACACAUCAGACCCUGCCUUGGGCCACCACGGUACCCACCAGUGGACCCCCAUGGACCCCACGGUGGUGGAGGUGGUGCCCCCGAGGAGGAAGGUCAGUGCCGACCACAUCUACACGACCCAGAGGGAGACCCACAGGGAGGGCAGGCCGGCGCUGAGAGAGGUCCUCACUGAGGGUCUGCUAAAGAGCAGGAAGGCCGUGCUGCCCUCUGAGAUCCGCCGCAGGGAGAAGAGCGUGGACGACCCCCAGAGAGGGGAGCCCCAGCGGGUCCCAGGCAGCCGCCAGGACCACUCUGCCACCUCAACUGGCACAGAGUGGGAGAGCUAUGGCAUCGUGGGGGGGAGAACCAGUCAGGCGGACUCAAAAGAGUUGGAGACUAGGCCUCAGGACAUGGACGAGCAGCAACAUCAGCACUUGUCCAGGCACAUCCAGGACACAGAGGAGACAGGUCCAGCCAGGCCCAUGGAGAUCUCUUCCCACAUCCAGCCCAGACAGCAGCCCCUCCGCCAGCAGAGCCAGAGUCAGCCUGGGCAACAGAGAGGCAGUGACUCAGCCGUCUACCUCCAGAGUGGCGCCUACCUCCCCCAGGCCAAACCCAGCAGCAUGGAGCCAGCUGGGCCGCGCAGGCCCCCCAAACCCAAGGUCCGCACACGCUCCAUGUCCGACAUCGGCGUGAGCCAGCGCCCGGCUGCCUACAGGAGCAUGGAGAGGACAGCAGCCAGCAGAGAGACAGCAGCCCAGCUGGCCAGGGAGGGAGGGGUGGCGAUGGGGGUGCUGCCCAACGAGGAGGUGGGAGCCCUGGACACCAGGGUCUCUGUGGCCCAGCUCCGACACUCGUACCUGGAGAACGCCAACAGGAAGCCAGAGCUGGAGCUGACUAAAGUAGAGCUAACUGCUGUGGAAGUAGAUCCGGCUGCUGGGAGCGCUGAUCGGGAGCGUGGUGCGGUAAGGAGGCCGCGGCGGUACAUCACCCCAGGAGACAACCGCAAGUCCUCUGAGAGGUUUAGGACCCAACCCAUCACCUCUGCAGAGUGGCUGGAGUCUGAUAGGUCUCAUCUGACUCCAACAGCGCUACAGAACCCAGAAGCUGACGAAGAGAAGCUUGAUGAGAGAGCUAAGAUGAGUGUGGCUGCUAAGAGGUCCCUUUUUAGGGAGCUAGAGAGGAUCACAGGUAGCGUUCCCAGACCACGGUCCCGUGACCCCGCCGUGGAGAGGCGUCUGUUACGAGUCCAAGACCGCUCACACACACAGCCUAUCACCAACGAGGAAGUGGACAUCGCUCACGCUGGCCCUGCUAUGUCCUCACAAACGGUGAUGGUCCACUCCACAGUAGCACCUAUCCCCAGCCCCACUGUAGUCAGCACCAUCACAACCAGCUUGCAGGAAGCGUCACAGCACGGCUCCAAGGUGCGGAGCAUGGGGGAGCAGGAAAGGGAGAGGGAGGCCCAGUCAAGGCAGGCAGGAGAAGGACCAGGGCCUGAGAGGAUGAUGGAGGACCUGGGUCCGGAUGAGCCUGACCUCUCCACUCUCAGCCUGGUGGAGAAGAUGGCCCUGUUCAACCAGCUGUCCACGCAGCCCUCCAAGCCUGCCGCUAAGGGGGCUGGGGCCUCCAGGGUGGACACCCGCCAGCGUAGGGCAAACUCCCGCUUCCAGACCCAGCCCAUCACCCAGGGAGAGGUGGCUCAGCUGCAGAAUGGAGACGGGGUCAAGCUGGAGCCGCUGUCCGCUUCCUUGGUCCGCUCCGUGGCAUCCGUCACCUCACAGGUCUCGGUUGCCACAGUAACCACGGUGACCUCCGGCAUGGGUGACCACUUGGGGAAAUCUACGGCCGUCCCCUACAACCCCCCUGCCCCCACCACUACCACCCUGGACAGGGGAGGGGUGAGCCUGACCCAAGGUGGAGACUCCUCCAGUGUCCCUGAACCAGAUAUGUACUCCGCUGGCCUUUCCCUGUCAGAGCAGCAGCAGGCUCACAGCAGAGGAGGCAGAGACAGAGGAAGGGCUCCUGGAGCCGGUCGCUUGUUCACUGGCUACAGAGGAAGAGAGGAGGAGGAUGUAUCGGGAGGAGGGGCCAGAGAAGAGAGGGAGAGCCGUAGUGGUCCUGGAGGCAGGGAGAGCAGAGACAGCAGGCAGCAGCGGUAUCAGCCCACAGCCCCAGAGCCCCAGCCCCAGAGCACCACAGCCCCAGAGCCCCAGCCCCAGAGCACCACAGCCCCAGAGCCCCAGCUUCCUCAGGCUCAGCUGCGGCACGCCAGCGGUAUCCACGGAAGGGACGCGGCUCACACCACUGUGUCAUUGAGAAGUGCUGUGGUGUCGUCCAGGAUUGUCUCUCACAGCGCCAGUAUCCAGCAGCAGCAGAAUAUUCAGUCUUUCACCCAGCCUCCCCAGACUCUGCCCAAGCCUUACACCCAACAACCUCUACAAACUCAACCCCAGCCCCAGCCUUACUCUCAUCCACCUCAGCACCAUCCCUUCACCCAACCUCCCCAGACUCUUCCCAAGCCUUACACCCAACAACCUCCACAAACUCAACCCCAGCCCCAGCCUUACUCUCAUCCACCUCAGCACCAUCCCUUCACCCAGGCACUUUCAGCCCAGCCCAAGCCCCAGGAAAGGGAGAGGCGAUUCACCCAGCCACUACCCAAGCCCUACUCUCAGAUAACCACCCAUACGCGACCCAACGCCCAGUCCUUCUCCCAGCCUCCUCCGCACCCUCCCCAGACCACUCCCCAGACCCUACCCGAGCCCACGUCCUUUGUCCAGUCCCUGGUCAAGUCCCAGUCCCUGCCUCUGGACAACAGUGAAGUCUUCACAGGACACAGUGUGUCCGACCUCCUCUCCCCCGCCGAGACAGAGCUCUCAGAGAUGUCCGCCAAACAGAUGUCCAUCAAGGAAAGGCUGGCCCUGUUGAAGAAGAGUGGCGAUGAGGACUGGAGGAACAGGAUCAAUAAGAAACAGGAAGUGGUGAAGGUUUCUGUGACUGAGAGACACUCCACAGUACAGGGAUGGGAGGCAGCACAGACCUACAAGAAGAAGGAGGAAAGGAUGGUUAUUGAUGAUUUUGCUGCUGUCACUGUGUCUGAGCAGCUGUGGGGGAAAAGACAUUGCGAACCAGCUAAAGAUUUGACUGGGGAACCCUCCCUCUGUCUGCUUCAGCCCUGGACCCCCCAUCAUGACUUCAGACUUGAUUUAUCCAAAAUAAUCUCUAGGAUGGGAAAGGAGAUGGAGAUCCAGGCUCAGAUGUCCACAGAGGAGAGGAAGCAGAUCUCUACAAGGGAGGAGGCCUGGGAGUCUAAAGGAAAGGGCGUGGCCAACGACUCCACCCAGUACACUGUGACCGAACGCAUGGUCAAGAAAGUGACAGAUCAUCAGGAGACCACUCUGACAGUGACAGAGAAGGCUGUGAAGGAGGUGAUGAGGAUGGACGAUGAGAUCUUCUCCAAGUUCUACCGUCACGUGGCUGACUUCCCAUGCAUGCCCAGCAGGAUCGAGAUCGACGAUGACUUUGAUGCCAUCUUUGGCACUCAGGCACCAAAGUUGACCUCAGCCUUAGCGCAGCACAAACGGGCAGUGAGACCGUCUAGGAACGUCCAGUCGUCUAAGAACCCUCUGAAGAUGCUGGCGGCCAGGGAGGACAUCAGACACGAGUACACUGAGCAGAGACUCAACAUCGGCCUCAUAGAGAGCAAGAGGAUGAAGGAUGAGAAGUUGAAUACUAGUACUCAGAUGUACUCAGAUGCUGGGCUGGCCAGUAAGGAGAACUUAAACAACGUGAGUCUGAGGAGCGUCAACAUCUCCGAGCAGAUGUCCAACAACAGCGCUGUGCCCUACAAGAACCUCAUGUUGAUGCAGGUCAAAGGCCGCCGUCACGUUCAGACCAGACUAGUGGAGCCCAGAGCCUCAGCCCUGAACAGUGGAGACUGUUUCCUGUUGGUUACUCCUCAGCACUGUUUUGUCUGGAUGGGAGAGUUUGCUAACGUUAUAGAGAAAGCCAAAGCCUCUGAGCUGGCCACGUGUAUCCAGACUAAGAGGGACCUGGGCUGCAGAGCGAGCCAGAUUCAGACCAUUGAGGAGGGGGUCAACCCCCAGAACCAUGCAGCCACAGAGUUCUGGAAGACCCUGAGAGGACAGCAGACCUACCAGUCUGCGGGGCCACUGGAGGAAGAUGAGCUGUUUGAGAGUGCCAUCGUGGAGACUAACUGUAUCUUCCGUCUGUUGGAUGAUAAACUGGUUCCCGAUGAUGGCCAGUGGGGGAAGGUUCCACGCACCACACUACUGGAAUCCAAAGAGGUGCUGGUGUUUGACUUUGGCAGUGAGGUGUAUGUGUGGCACGGUAAGGAGGUGACUCUGGCCCAGAGGAAAGUAGCCUUCCAGCUGGCCAAACACCUGUGGAACGGAACCUUUGACUACACCUGCUGUGACAUCAAUCCUCUGGACCCUGGAGGAUGUAACGCACGCAUACCCUGGAAGGGCCAGGGGCGUCCUGACUGGGCCAUAUUCGGCAGGCUGACACAACACAAUGAGACAAUCCUGUUCAAAGAGAAGUUUCUGGACUGGACAGACACUAAGAAACCACAACCAAAGAAUAGCAACCAACAAGUCACUGAGCAGAAGGAUUCGCCAGGGUGCGUGUGCAGGCCGUAUGAUGCAGCGUUGAUGCUUCCUGUACUCCAGACAGCUGUCAGCACGGUGUUGGAUGGGAUGAACGUUGGCCGAGGCCACGGCUCUGUAGAAGGAGAGGACAGGAUGAGGACUCUAGAGAUCAGCACAGUGUCUGUAAAUGUCUGGCACAUCCUGGAGUUUGACUACAGCCGGCUGCCCCAGCAGAGUAUAGGCCAGUUCCAUGAGGGAGACGCGUACGUUGUGAAGUGGAAGUACAUGGUGAGCGCAGCAGUUGGGAAGAUGCAAAACCCAGAGCUGAGGAGCACAGGCCUGGUGAAAGAACAGUGCUGCUACUUCUUCUGGCAGGGACGGAACUCCACCGUGAGAGAGAAGGGAACGUCAGCACUGACGACAGUGGAGCUGGAGGAGGAGAGAGGGGCCCAGGUCCAGGUACAGCAGGGGAAAGAGCCUCCUUGUUUCCUGCAGUGUUUCAACGGGGGGAUGAUUAUACACGGUGGGAAGAGAGAGGAGGAAGAGGAGAACACACAAACUGAGUGGCGUCUGUACUGCGUGCGGGGGGAGGUCCCUGUAGAGGGACACCUACUGGAAGUUGUCAGUCACUGCAGCAGCCUUCGCUCCAGGAGCUCCAUGAUCCUCCUCAACGUCAACAAGGCCCUCAUUUACCUGUGGCACGGCUGUAAGGCCCAGCAACACACACGGCUGGUGGGCCUCACCGCAGCUCAGAGGAUUAAAGAACAAUGUCCGUUGGAGGCGGGGCUCCACAGCAGCAGUAAGGUGACCAUUACAGAGUGUGAUGAGGGAUCAGAGCCCACGGGAUUCUGGGAUGCUGUAGGGAGUAAAGACCGGAAAGCCUACGAUUGUAUGCUGCAAGAUCCGGGUAAAUUCAACUUCACCCCUCGGCUGUUCAAGCUGAGCAGUUCUUCAGGGGAGUUUGUGGCUACAGAGUUCUUCCACCCCUCCAGAGCUCCAGACAUGGUUAGCUCUCUGCCCUUCCUACAGGAGGACCUGUACCGAGCCUCCCAGCCUGCUCUGUUCCUGGUGGAUAACUUCCAUGAGGUGUACCUGUGGCAGGGCUGGUGGCCCCAGGACCGCGAGAAUCCCGGCUCUGCCAGGAUAAGAUGGGACAUGGACAGGAAGUGUGCCAUGGAAACGGUGCUGCAGUACUGCAAAGUGAAUAAUGAGAAGAAGCCUCAGAAGUCGUAUCUGAUCCAUGCUGGUCUGGAGCCUCUCACCUUCACCAACGUGUUCCCAAGCUGGGAGCACAGAGAGGACAUUGCAGAGAUCACUGAGAGGGAGGUGGAGGUGUGUAACCAGAUCAUCCUGGUGGAAGAUGUGCUGGCCAGGCUGUGCCAAAACACCUAUCCCCUGGCUAAUCUGUUGGCAUGCCCACUUCCUGAGGGCGUCGACCCCCUCCACCUGGAGCUCUACCUAUCAGACGAGGACUUCGAGGUGAGACCACACCCACUGAUCAAUGGCCAUUCAGUUCCAACACACCCUGUGAGAAUAGGAUACCUUGAUUUCAGGUUUAAUGAGUUGGUUUUCCAGACCAUUGUUAGGCCUGGUCCUGGACUAAAAGCACUUUCAAUGGAGAAUCUCAAUUUCUUAAAAGCACUUCUCUUCUCUCUCACCAUUCAACAAGAGAGGCCAUCUCCCUCCCUGUGUGUUUAUCUCUAUUUACAGAAUUCAACACCUACACAGAGCACACACUGAGGGGGGACAGAGUGGGGUCCAACGUCGGAGCUCUCUGUGUGCUCAAGAAAUUAGUUCUCUCCCUGGGUGUCAGCUCCACUCCCCACACAGUCUGACCAAUAGGAUAGAAGGCCAGAGGGAUGCUUGGCCAAUGAGAGAGAGACCAAGGGCUGUAUGCAUAAUGCAUCUCAGAGCGCUGAUCUGGGAUCAGUUGGCCAAUAAGAGAGACCAGGGGCUGUAUGCAUAAUGCAUCUCAGUGCGCUGAUCUGGGAUCAGUUGGCCAAUAAGAGAGAGACCAGGGGCUAUAUGCAUAAUGCAUCUCAGAGCACUGAUUUAGGAUCAGUUGGCCAAUAAGAGAGAGACCAGGGGCUGUAUGCAUAAUGCAUCUCAGAGUGCUGAUCUAGGAUCAGUUUGACAUUUUAGAUCACAGUGAAUGUCAUUGAUGUCAUUGAUGUGAUUAUCUUACCAUCAUUACUUUACGCUCCCUGGCUAUUGAUGUAACAUAUACGCUGGGAGUCAGGAAGCAGGUGCAGAAGGUGAGAUUAAUAAAGAAACGAUGCAGAUGAACAAACAUGAGAGGCGUACAGAAUGUGAGAGAAAACAAUACUACCUAAUGACUGACUGUCAUCUGAGGGCUAAAUGAAAGGGGGAGUAAUCACGGAGGUAAUGAUGACCAGGUGUGCUUAAUGAUGGGGAACAGGUGUGUGUGUGUGUAUUAAUAAUUGUCAGGGCCGGUGGUUACCGGUGACGUCGAGCGACAGGGAGGAAGCAGGAAUAGGCGUGACAAUUGACGUCUCAUAGCACUGUAAUAAACUGACUGAUACCCAGGAUCUAGAGUCCAAGCUAACUCCUCUUGCCUUUCAGGCUGGGUUCUAGGGGAUUCAGAGAAGGUGAGUUGUUUGGGCUGAGGACCAUGAUGAAUGAGAAUGAUCUGACUGUUCUUCCUCAAGGAUACAGCAUCCUCACUGAGCUGACUCACUCCUCUCUUCCUCUGGGCUGUCCUGCUUGCCCCUCUCUCUUUCGCUCUCUCUCUCUCCACCUGCGCUCCUCCUCCGCUCCUCCACCCCUCCACCUGUCUUUUCUUUCUCCACAGCGAUGAGGAACACUGUGGAUCACUUCUGUCUUUUUGGCAUGGACUCCCAAAUGUAACUACUUCUGUGUAAACUGUAUUUCACUUUGAACUUGGAACUCUGGUGGGACCACAAACGGAUAAAAAAAAAAAUGACGGUUCACUAUUUGACAUUGUCCGAACUCAAAACAGUGCUAUGUUAAAAUGUACCACCUCACUCCAUCUCUCAUUGUAUUAAUUGGUUAUCUUCUCCCCACGCAGAAAGCGUUGGACAUGAAGAGAGAGGAGUACAAAGGAUUACCAGGGUGGAAGCAAGUCAACUUAAAGAAGGCUAAAGGACUGUUUUAGUGUAAGUUAACCUGACGAUGGUUGUGGAGAGAAGAAGAAAUUCAACAACUCUUGGAGGACAGUGGAAGUUGAUAAAAUGCUUCUUUAUUGUUAAGACCAACAAGUUUUGGCCCACGUUUUUCCAUUCAUCAGGUUGGUUGUGGAGAGAAGAGGACACAGAGACCGAUGUAGGCCACCAGGCGGUGUCACCCAUCCAGCCCUUCCCAGCGGUGUGACUGAACACCGCUGGUAGCUGGCAGCACUUUAAAUCGGAAGAUGGGAUCAUGGUUUGGGUGGAAUGGAAUCAAUGGAACCCUAUCAAACACAUUGAUUUUUACAAGAGUUUGAUACAAUUUCAUUCACUCCGUUCCAGUCAUUGUUAUGAGCGUCCUCCCCUCACCAGCCUCCUCUGCUGAACACACUCUCAGGGACGAUAAGUGGGAGAAGAGGACAGAGGCUGAGUUGGGGGAACUGCUAAGGUGUGCUAGCAUCAUGUUUUUACCUUUUGAUUAUGUAACUAUGUAGGAAAUUGAAAAUCCUGCUUAGCACAUUUUUUUCAGUGGCUUAUCAGGAACUGUACAAGCAGGCCCUGCUCUCGCUCUUUCUCGCUGUGUGUCUCUUUCUCUUUGUGUGUCUCUCUGUCUCUCUUUCCAUCUCUCUUUCUGUCUCUGUCUCGCUCUCUUUCUGUCUCUGUGUUUCAUACUGUACUAUGUUUCCUAGAAGCACUUGCUAUGUCACCACUCCUGCCAUGUGAGUUGAAGAGGACAGUCAGCAACUCUGGGAGGACAGUGGAAGUUGUUAAAAAUGCUGCUUUAUUGUUUAAAAUAAACUCGUUCAAAACGGCCCGUAGCCUUCAUCAGGGUUUUACACAUAGAAAAAUUAAGAUGGCCGACAGAACGCUAUACCAUUGACAUCAUCAAUGACAUCGUCAGACACACCGCUGUGGUCUCUGGCUUGGUGGUGUUUGAAGUCUUUCAUAGAAUGUGUAUUUACAGAUUCAGAAAGUAUUCAUGACUUAUUCCACAUUUUGUUGUUAUAGCCUGAAUUCAAAAUCUAUAAAAUAGAUAUUGUUCUCACCCAUCUACACAAAAUACUGCACAAUGACAGUGAUUUCAAAUGAAAUACAGAAAUACACCCCUGAGAAUACUUUACAAAAAUGUGUAAAAAUUCGACAAACAUUUUGAAAUGCAUAAUUUCACUUUGACAUUAUGGGGUAUUAUUGUGUGUAGGCCAGGGACAAAAAAUACAUCUAAAUGUAAUCAAUUUUAAAUUCCGGCUGUAACACAACAAAAUGUGGAAAAAGUCAAGGGGCUGAAUACUUUCUGAAGGCAAUAUAUGUCAAUAUAUGUAAAUAUGUAUUCAACUUGAAAGUUCUCUGUAGUAUCUAUAUCAGUAGAUUUUUUUUUCUUGUCUACAAUGUCUCAAAAGGUGUUAACAUGCCAAGUAUGUACCUUUUUUUGAUUCGCAUUCUCUGGUCUGGUACCUGGGGCUGUCAUAAUGAUGUCUCAGCUUCACAGGUACCUGAGAAAUGCCAAUGGUUGUAUUUUUAAAGGCAUGGAAUUCUUUAUGGGGGGGGGGUGAUUUAUUUGAAUGUGCUGUAUAGUGCCUUGCGUUUGUGUACAGUUUAUAUACAGAAAUUGUAGUCUGCGUUUUCAAAGACUUUAGUGAAUAAACAAAAUAGAAAAUCCCAAAAUCCAAA